AUGGUUCCAUCGAUUUGUGUCAAUGGUUGUGGUUUCUAUGCUUCUUCAAACAACAACCUCUGUUCAAAGUGUUACAAUGAUUAUCUCAAAGAAAAUAUUGAGAAAUCAAAUGAUCAUGAAAGUUGUGUUAUUGAAUCAACAUUUUCUUCUUCAAUGAACCCUAAUAUUGAUAGUAUUUGUGAGACUGCUAUUUCUCCAUCGAUUUGUGUCAAUGGUUGUGGUUUCUAUGCUUCUUCAAACAACAACCUCUGUUCAAAGUGUUACAAUGAUUAUCUCAAAGAAAAUAUUGAGAAAUCAAAUGAUCAUGAAAGCUGUGUUAUUGAAUCAACAUUUUCUUCUUCAAUAAACCCUAAUAUUGAUAGUAUUUGUGAGACUGCUAUUUCUCUUGCCGACAAUCAAAACAUUCUUGUACAAAUGCCCACGUGA